GAGGAGACGCCGGGAGGAGACGCCGGCCCGAUGCUGCCUGCUGCCCAUGGCUUUCAGGGAUGUGAAUGCAAGAAGACAUAUUGGACUUCAGCAACUCUCAUCCUUAGCAUCAGCUGGAAGAACCUUAGUGGGGCCAGUGAAAUCAUGUAAAUUCAUUGUGGAUGAAAGCACCAACCAAAGUACAUUGAUUUGUUCUGCUGCUAGACUAAUUGAAAAUUUGGAUUUAACUAGUGCUGCCGGACAGCUUCUUAAUGAAACCAUUCAGGCACAAAACAAGGAGUUUAAGACUGGGAUGAGUACUCUGUUGUUUCUUGUUGGUGCAUGGAGCAAGGCUGUACUGGAGUGCCUCGAGCAGAAUGUUCCUGUUUCAGCAAUAGUCUCUGUGAUGUCUGAGGGCUUGAACUCUUGCUGUGAGAGAGUCCAGUGUCUCCAAAUAUCAAUAGAUAAUGUAAAUAAAGAGCUGUGUUCUGGCAGUGUUGGGCCAAACGCUCUUAAAAGCAAAACUUGCCAAACUGGACGUGACAGCCUUCUAAAUGCUCAGAUUUUUUUCUAUUUUCAGAAAGAUAUAUCUGCACCAGAAGAAGCAAUUCCAAUAAAUCCUUCUUCCAAUCAAGAUGGUGAUUGUAAUUUUAACAAGUGUCUCGUUUCACCUUUGGUUGGUGAAAUAGCUUCACUUGUCAAACCAGCAGGUGACAAAAGUACUUAUGUGGUUUCUGGAAGUGGUGUUACAGCAUCCAGCUGUAACAAACAGAAGUUUGUCCAUAGCAGAUACUUCAGCACUCUAGGAAGAAGCAAUUUUUCAAGUCAGCAAGGUAAUUUUCAGGAAUACCUUUCAGGACAAUCAGCAGAUCCAUGUGAAUGUUACGGUUUAGGACACCUGGCAACAGCGCUGAGCCCUGGCAAUCAGACUAGCAUGAAACUGCUACAAAGCAUUGUUGUGCAUCAAAGAAAGAGAGCAGAAUCCAGUAGAUCUUCCCAGUUUAAUAUUGCAGAAAUUGUGACAUGCUGUUUACUGGGCCUGCCUGAAAGCUAUUCUUGUGUCUCCCCAGGCUUUGUCACGUUAGUGUCACCAGAACAAGCCGCAGUUAUCAAAUACUUGGAAGACAAACCCCUUCGGAUUCUGCUAAUGGACGGUGACCUAACUGAACAAUAUCGUCACUUAGGUUUUAAUAGACCUUCUAAUGUAAGGACCAUAUUGGAGCAUCCUAGCCUACAGGAUGGCAGAGUCAGAGAAUCUUGGCUAAGCAGCAUGUUAGAUAUUCUGAUAAACUUCGAAGUAAACUUGGUCUUGGUCAAAGGAAACGUUUGUGAAAACUUAAUGGCAAGAUGCAUAGCAGAUGGUAUACUGGUAAUCGGUUCUGUGACAUGGGAUGUGUUGUGUGCCUUUGGGCAGGCCACUGGUGCCCAGCCAGUGACAUACCUCACUCAGCUGAAUCCUUCUUGUGUGGGUAGCGGGGCCCAGGCAGAGCUGUGGAAGGCCUGUGAUGGGCGUGCGAUGGAUUUGGGUGAGCUUGUGCCAGUCAGGAUAAAAAUGCAAGAAAUUCCCCUGCUCACGGCCGUGCUUACCACUACUGUGGCUUCAAAGAUGCAGCUCAUUGAAGACCAGUUCUGGACUUCAGUGUAUCGACUCCAUCAUGCCUUGAAUGACAAGAAGGUUUUUCUCGGUGGUGGCGCAGUAGAGCUCUUGUGCCUUAGUCAUGUUCAGACGCUUGUGGAACGGCCUUUAGAGGCAGCAAAUAAAAAUGCUGUGAAAGAGUUUCGCAGUCCUUGGCUGGCAGCACCUGUGGCAGAGUAUAAAUCAGUUGUGCUCCAAGCAUUAGCAAGCGGCUGGAAGCAGUAUCUUUCAGUGGUUAUGUGUAACACUGCAAAAGCAGCUUCGGAGUUGGAAGCGUGUACCUCCGUUGAUCAUCACCUUAAAAAAGCAGCUGACUGUGGCUGUCCCUCAGCAUAUAUAUUGCAAGAGUUUAGAAGAGGCAAUCUGCUCAAGGGUGGUUCUGGUCCCUUCCCUGCCCAUGGAGAGGGUUUAAAGGUUUAUAAUAAUGUUACAGCCAAGACAGAGGCAUGGUGGAGAGCUCUAAACUUGGUGCUACUAGUGCUUCAAACAGAUGCCGAGAUUAUCACAGGUCCCAAGAGGAGUCAGCUAUUGAACUCACACGUCUCAAGUGAUUUUAUGUUUUUAUAGGACUUGCAUCUUUUAUUUUUAAGUCCAUGAGUCAGUGAAGGAAGUUCGUGUGCAACCUACAUUUCUUUGUAGUUUAUGAAGCAAACAUUUAAGUGUGAUUAUGACUUCAGAGUGUGACAGUGGAAAUCAGAACGUGAGACAGUCACAAGGUAGAUAAAAUUUCCCGUUUUUAGAAACAGGAGUUAAAUAACAAACAAAAAUCACUUGUGAUCUUACCUUUAACCCCAGCUGUGAUUUUCUAACCAAUCACAUUGUAUGGAUAGAUUAAUCCAGACAAACCGACUUCUCUAAUUUUACUUAGCAGAGCAGAUGUGCAGUUGUAUUUCUCAUUAAGAGGAGCAGCACUAGGCAGGUGGGUAUGUACUGAGUCAAGUUGGAGAAAAGUUUGAUAGCUUGGAUAUGCUUAUGUUCUGAACGUGUGCUGUCUGUACAAGGUAUUUGGAUUUGUUUUCUGUAAACUAUUCUUUGUUUAACAUAUUCUUAUGUCUUCUAAAGAAGGGUAGGGAUUUGUUACAUAACAUUGGCAUACAUGUGUUAAAUAAAAUUUAUAAAACAUAAUUAUUUUUUCAUUAA